AUAUUACUUUUUGUUGAGAAAUCACAUACAAUACUUAUUUAGGAAGCAACUCUUUCGUUAUAAUUUCCUUUUAAAUGUGUUGAAAAAGUUUAUUUUUCGGUGCAGAAAAGUGGUAUUAACAAAGUAAACAAUCAUGUCGGCGUACCACCGAAACGUUCAAUACCUAAAACAACAGUUUUCAGCGUUGCUGCACAAUACGUCGCCUGUUAUAACGCUUAUCUGUUUGGUCACUGGCUUUGGUUACCUACUCUCAUACUCGGAGACUGCUGUGCGGCUGUUGAGCGUGACACCUGGCAAGAUUCUGCCAAAUGCCGAAUUCUGGAUAUGGACGGCGUUCACAUUUUGUUUUAUCGAAAUGCAUUGGUGGGAAGUGCUGGUCGAUGUCAUCACUGUGGGGCUAUGUGGCAAGAUGUUGGAACCACUAUGGGGACAAAUCGAAAUGUUCAAGUUUUUCGCUUUGACCAAUUUUGGCGUUUCCAUACUAACCACCAUAUAUUACUUAUUUUACUUCGUGGUAACCGAUAAUCCGAGCAUACUUUUUGACGUACACAUCCAUGGAUUGGCGGGCUAUGUAGCCGGAAUCUGUGUAGCAGUGCGUCAAAUAAUGCCAGAUCAUCUAAUUUUCAAAACACGUUGGGGAAAACUAACCAACAGAAAUGUGCCCUUAACGGUGUUUGUGGCGUCAAUUAUUGCGUGGGCAAUCAACCUAUUGGAUGGCACAUAUCCUGCAAUGUUUGGAUCGGGACUAAUUGUGGCAUGGAUCUAUUUGCGCUUCUAUCAAUGGCACCCAAACGGACGGGGCGAUAGUUCCGAAAGCUUUACAUUUGCCAGCUUCUUCCCGAGUGUGAUGCAACCAGUGAUAAGUAUUUUGGUGAAUCCCAUCUAUAUAUGUUGCUUGAAAUUGGGUGUGGUCAAGACGCCAGCUCCGCCACGUUCAGCUUCCUUAGCAGGUAGUUUGUCAUCCGUCUCCAUACAGAUGCCUGGUGCCGAUGCGCAUGAUAUCGAACGACGCAGGCAAAUUGCGCUAAAGGCUUUGAGUGAACGUUUAAAAACCACUGAUGCUGCGCGUCAUAAUCAAUUACCCAAAUCGUUCCCUACCGUUACCAGCGGUGGGGGACCAAUGACAGGGCAUCAACAUCAUCAUAAGCACCAGCAUCAUCACAAUCAACAUCAGCAUCAGCAUCACCAACAUCACGGUCACGGUCAUCACGGUCACGGUCAUAGCCAUAGUCACACACAUGACCAUGAUCACGCGCCAGAACAUGUUAGUGCACAAGCACUAAUAAAUCCCUCGUUCCUGGGACAAACGCAGCAUGGCAGCAGUAAUAUGUCAUCACCCAUAACGACAGCACGCGCAGAGCCACGUAUGAUCAGUACAAUGAGUACGAUAGCGAUACCAAUGCCAGCACCACCGCCGAGAAGUGAUACAACUGCUGGUGCGACAGCAGCAAUGGGUGAUGCGCUAAUCGAUCUGAGUGGAGAAUCUAAGCAGUAGGAAUGUAAAUUAUUAGACGUUAUAACGUAAUUUGGUAUUUUGUUUUACACUGAUAAAUAUCUAUAUACAUAUAUAUAGAUAUACCUAUGUGUACAUAUUUAUGCAAGAGACGCACUACAAACUGAAUGCACACUUAAGCGUAGGUACAUUCAUACAGUUGGUAAAUGUGAAUAUGUUAGAGAGUGGUUCUACUUGUGAAAGCAAAAAAAAAAAACGUAACGAUAUUGUUUCGAAGAAUACAUUAAAACACUUUAUAGUAGAAAAAUCAAA